UCCAUAUCCAUACUUAGUAACAAUGCUGGUUUGUUUAAAAUUGGAAUUAAAUUCAGCUGGAUUUGUAAGCUAUAGACUAUAUAAUAUACAUUAAGUCCAUUAUUAACGUGUUAAGUUAUGAAAGUACUUUGAGUAAGUCUUAGUAAUCUAAAACUGAAAUGGUUAUAAUCCAUAAGUUAUAAGCAAAAGUUAAUUUUAAUGAUAAUUUCAACCCACUUCUAGUUCUAGUGCAAAGCCAAAUUGAUUAAAUUGCAAUCAGCAAUCUAAUAAUACUAUUAAUAAUACUAAUGUCAAUAAUGUACAAAUUGACAACUUGGUUAACCAAUGUAGCAAUGAGUCAUUGUAGGUUGUAUUACACGAUGUACUUCAGCUAGGUUUAGAAUUAGAACAUUUAUUAGAAGGCUAACUAUAGGCUAUAGGGCAUAGGGCCUAAUAAAUUUCAAUGUGUGGUGAAAUAAUAUAAAGUAAAGAUAACAACAUGACUUAUUGACAAUGAUCAAUGAUUGGAGUAAUAAAAUGCCUCCUAAUUUUGCCUUUUUUAUAUUAAUAAUAUUUUUCAUUUGAAGUGGACUGGUCUAAUUUGGUGUCAAAGUAAGAUGUCCACAUUAAUGACAUAGUAAUAAUUUCUUAUACUGAGUUGUGACUUGCCUUGGGCUUGCUUGGUCUUGGGUCUUGGCCCAUUUUAUAAUAUAACAAUAUAAUUUAGGUAUAGUUAUGACAUGUCGGCGUGAAUUAUUGAGUUGAAUCUUUAUAUUACUACUAUUAGGCAGAUAAAAUAGUAAUUAUUCAGUUAUAUUCAUUCAUAAUAUUCAUAUGAUUUCAUAUUUCAUAUGCCUAGCCUAUGAUAGCCUAUGUAGAUACUUUGGUCAAAAAUGUAAACAUUUUUUUUAAAAUAAACCAAUGGCACAGUUGAAUAGAGCUAAUUUUAAACAUAAUUAUAACACCAAAAUCAUAUUUUUAGCUGUUGUAGUUUUAAAGUUAUGAAUUUUUAAAGUACGACUUGGUUUGUCAUUUUUUAACAUAGACUGCAUCUCCACAUUCUGUGACCUCAUUCCACUGAUCGCGUCAUGCGCAAUGACUAUAUAGUUUAUAUAAGGCAAUGCAUUCCCUUAUCACUAAAAUACUGUUUAGGGUCGACUUAUUUUAAACUUUCAACUUUGGCACAUGAAUAAUUAAUAAAAGCUUUCCCUGACCAAUGGUUUAAUAGCUUUUGCACACGGCAAACUCUUAUGAAUGAAACUCUGAGAUAGUACUACGACGUAGCCGUUAUGCAAGUGGCUGUGAAUGGUUGCCAAUGACAACGUGUUGCACAGGGAAAAUUCUGAUCAUUUAUAUUAUGGACUCUGCAGGGUUUUUAAAGCUCAAAUUAAAACAUUUCCAGUUUAAAUGUCUUCAAAAUGCAUUCUGAAACACAAAAUAUAAAAUAUUUUGAUGUAUAUAGUGGUAAUAAUUAAAUAUUUCCUAAGUAUCGGCAACUUCCGCCAUUAAAAAGGGGGCGUGGCCCAAGCCAUGUCGAAAUUAGGCUGAGCCACCUAAUGGUGAUAUGGGUCACUGUGACAAGUGUAACAAACGUGGGACACGACCUACAUCAAUGAAACUUGGCACAGAUAUAGAUCAAUAUCUAAUGCUCAUACAGAUUUAAUAAAAAAGGACCUUAUCUUAUUAUUUCACAAAAAAAUUUGUAUGCGAAGAUGCCUUAUAUAUACCAAAGAUUUUCAAAAUAAAGGUCGAUUGAAAAAAGCAAAAUAGCUGGCUAGAAAUGUAGGCCAAGAUGUCUUCCAAAUUAUAUGGCCGGAAACGGAACUCAAAUAUAUGUGGAAAGAACUAAUUUAAUAAUAAAUAGACACACACAUCGGAAAAUUAAAAACUCGGAUUUUUCGGCGCCGACGCCCAUUUCCAAUACAAAAAAAAUAGUAGUCUCCCUUCUUUCAUCGAAGUAUCUAGCCUAUGAUUAUGAUCGGCCUAUGUCUUUCUGCCACUAUCUGGGCUAUCCAAAUGAGUAUGAGACUAAUAGUACUAAUACUAAUGAUAAUGCCUAUGCCUUUCUUAGUAGGCUCAGGCUUAUUUAGCCUGAAAUGCUUCAGUUGUUCAUUUUCAAUCCAGUGAAUUAGUUUGAGCUUAUACUUAUACUUAUACUUAUUUAUUAUAAUUCAAAUAUUACCUUAUAUUUCAGAACAAAAAAGUUUGAAAAAUUCAUGAUUAUAAUGUCAGCAACAACUAAGAAAAAACAUGUGACAAAAGAAGUGUUGGAGGAUUAUCCUUUACCUGAAGGAAAAAGACAAAUUGUGAAGGUAAUAGAAAUAUUAGUACUCUAACUCUAAAAUAAUAACUCCCUAAUAAACAGUCCAGAAGUUUUACUCAAUUUGAUUGAGGCUUGAAGUUUAAAGCAUUGUGGAUUUUAAUCUAGAUUUCAGGAAUGAAAUGGUCUUUUGCAAUUCAGAGUAGGCCUAAGCCUAAGUCUCUACUAUAAUAUGGUUAUAUUUUAUUUAAUAUUAUUUAAGUCUUAUUAACAUUUUAUUUACAAGUAACAUGUUGUAUAUUCUGCCCUGAUCUAGUGGGAUGUAAAUAAAUGAACAUAGGCCUAUUAUUCUUUUUUAAAAACAAUUAUAUAUAAUUAAAUAUUUGAAAAUGAUGUGAUAAGGGAGAUUUAAUUUUCAUGAAGGAUAUCAUUUCAAAUCCUGUUAUAUUUAUUUUAUUUAUGAUACAAGUCUGUUAUCUCUGUUUAUAUGCUUCACCCACAAAUAUUUAGUUAACUUUUAACUACUAUAUUUUAGAGGGCUUUCCAUGCAAAUAACAAUAUUUGUAGUUAAGAAAUAUGUUGCUCUAACAAUAAAUUCAUUAACCAUAUUGUUCUUUUUAGAACUUGAGUAUGCUUCAAAAAAUAAUAUACAUAUUGUAUAAUUUGUCACAAAUUUUUUUUAACUCUUUAGGUUACUGCUGCAAAGGGGAAUAACCUUCAUGAAGUUGUUACAGCUGAUGGAGAGUCUUUUCUGGUCAGCAUGCCAACAAAGUUUAGAAAACAUGUGUGGAUAAAACGAGGUCAGUGCCUUAGAUAAUCAUGCAUGAGUUAAGGGCAUUAGAUAAUCAUGGAUGAGGCUAGUGCAAUAGUCUUUGUUAUUCAAUACAAAAUGCAGGAUUUGGAAAAUUUGCUUUGACACCUAAAUGACCUGAGUGUUAAAUCAUUUGCCAUUACUCAUUACAUCUGAGUAAAAAGUUUUGUUUUUUUAAAUAAAUACAGCUUUUUUUUUUUAUAUUCUGUUUAAGAUUUGAAAAUUUCCUUAAUUACGGCUUUAAUAUUUACAAAUAUAAACAAAAAUUUACAGGUGCAAAAAUAAUGUUCAUUUAACAUGUAUUCAAGGUUGGGAUAAAAGAAAUAUUGAUUGCUUUUUGUGCAAAGGUUAAAUUCCGUAUAUUCAUGGUUGCUGUGAUGAAGAGAGUAUGAGUACCGUAAAGAGUUAAUUUGCCAAGUUGCCUAAUUUUAAUCUUUCUCUAUUUAACUAGGUGACUUCAUUAUGAUUGAAUCCAUAGAUGAAGGUGAUAAGGUCAAAGGAGAAAUAACUCACAUCCUCUUCAAAGAUCAGAUUAAAAAUAUACAACAACAUAACUUAUGGUAAGACAUAGACUUGAAUGCAAUCAUUCAAUUUGUUUUUAGGGGGAAAAAAUUAAGUGCAUCUUCCUUCUUUUUUUUAAGUAUCAGAACCAUACAGACAAAAAAGAUAAUUUAUGCCAUGUAUAUUUAAGUUCAAGUGGUUUACUGAUGUCAAUUAUUCAGUCAAAUCAAACAGAAGUGGUAUCUCUAUUGUAUCGAUAUGCAAUUUUCAAAUAGCCGUUACUGAGUUCAUCUAAGUUCAUAGAUAAUUAUUAUAAUAGGCUAUUAUCCACGAUAUCAUUUGAGUACCUUUGUCUCUGUCAUAAGAUUUAUGAUUUCACUUUGAUAUUUUAUUUUUAAAGUCUACAUACCACUUAUUUAUAAGUAUCAUCUUUUGAAAAGAAAAGCAUUAUUUAAAUAGCAGAAUAUGAAUUUUGUUUUUGACUUCUCCAUACACUAAGUCUUGUUAUUUUGUAUAAAAGGAGUAGGGGCAGUCAUUGGUUGUGAAAUGCUUUUUGUUAAUACAGUAAAGCUGUGUAGUAAUUGAAGUCUUUGUCCUUUAAUGCUAGGCCUAAAGGUUUCAGCUCCAAAGUGACACAGCACCUCAUUGAAACUUUGCCCCAAGACUUGCUUCCACCAAGUGGAGACGAAGGGAGUGAUGAUGACAUAUCUGAUCUCGUCCACAACAUGAACAGGGUCCAGGUCACCCAGAUUGAGAGUGAAUCGGAAGACAGUUGCUCAGAAGAGGAGGAAGAGGAGGAAAAAGAAGAAGAUGGUGCAACAGAAGAAGCUAAAGAUAUUCCACAAACCAAUGUGUUGGCCAACAGAGAUUCACAUUUGGGUGUAUGAUAAUUACAUUGUGAUAAUUCUAUUACCGUUUUGAUUGAUUUAUCUGGCCAAGUGUGUGUUUUGAGACCAUUUUUAAAACUUGGUUUGUUGGUAAAUGUGAUGGACAGUGAUAAUGGGGACCCCCGACCUUUUUCAAGAGUUGUCUGUAAAGAUAGAAGGUGAUGAUGCCUGUGACAAAUUGAGCUGAAACAUUUGCUUGAAAUUAUGUCAUGUUGUCCUUAAAACUGGAUGAAACUUUGUUUUGAUGAAGAAAAUGUUUUAGGUAACUGUAUUGACUACCAUACUUGAAUGAAAAGAAGUUGGUCUAAAAAAGUUGUUGCCGAAUUCAGAGCUUGAAUAAAGGGUUGAUAGUGUGUAGACUAACAUUCCACAAAGUGCCUCUCCUACAUUAAUCCCCUAAUUUAUCAUUUUGGUAUGUUCUUAUUAUACCUAAAUAUUGUCAUGGAGGUAUUUCUUAUUUUCAUCUUCAAUUAAAUAAAAUAUAUGCAUGGUUUAAGUUUAGGCCAUUUAAACAAGGGAUAAUAUCCAGAGACCUUGAGAUAAAAUAAUGUAACUAGAGGGAUGAAUUCACUAAGAAAUCUCUCCAUUCUGAGUUACUUGAAUAUAAAUACUGGUAUUAUUAUCACUGCACUCAAUAUUUCAAAUCAGGAGCUGAAAUAAAAACAAUUAUUUCCUAAUACUACUAAUAGUAUUGAUCAAAAUAGUUUUUCAUAUUUUAAGUUUUCUUGCUUUAUUAAAAGUUAUGAUGUUAAAUGAGUAUCGGAUUCCCUGCUUCCAAUUUUUAAAAAGAUUGUUUUUGAUUAAAAACAACAAUUAAUUUAUUAUUAGUAUUUUAUUAGUAAUUUUCAUAAUCUUUUUAAAAUGUUUUUUUUUCUUCAAAAAUCAAUAUUAUUUUGUUGUUUAAUUUAAAAAAGGCAUUUUUUUAAAUAAUAUACAUACAGGGUAAUUUAGGCCAUAAAAAUUUGGCUAGUUUGUGUAGGUGCAGCUCAAAUAACCACUCAUUGGCCCCUGACAAGAAAUACAGGUUCACCAGAACAUGCUUUGCGGAUACUUAAUAAGUUAUCUCCGCUCUCUGCAUAGGAGUCAAGUCCUUGGAAUCAAACUUGCUUUGAGAUUGAAAGUUCCAAAAAUAAAUUAUAAUUGACCCCUAUGAUCAUAUAUAUAAACUUGACUGUGCUGCUUUGUGAAAACUAAUAGAAAGUUAAAAAUCAUUGAUUUAGUUUAAAAUGUGAAGAUAAUUGGUCCUGUCUGUUCACUGUUACAGUACAGCCAUAGUUAUUACUAUCUAUUGGUAUUGUUGUUAACCACUGUAGAAUUCAUGCCACAACAAAUAUUUGAUGCUAAAUGGAAAAUAAAUUACAACUGAUGUGCUGUGGAGAAAACAGAUCUAUAUUAUUUGGUAAAAAGUUACAAUAAAGUAUCUGAAAUAAG